GAGCGUUAGUUGCGCUGUAAACAGUGAGGGACCGCUACUGGUUCAAUUUCUGGAGCUUUCUGAGGGAUCAGCGCCGGCACAUGCAAGUGUGUAUAACGCACAACACGAGAGAGAAGAUUCACGAACAUUAUUCACACGAGUCAUCGUAUCGUAAGCGUGUUUUUCAGGGAGCACGAGGAGACGAGAUAACGGAAACGCUGCAUUCCUGGCGUGCACGAUGGAGGAUAAGGUGGUUCUUUUGAAGGAGAAAGGAAAUGCUGCUUUACAAGAGGGCAAGUUCGAUGAAGCCGUGAAACACUAUUCAGACGCCAUCGUCUUGGAUGGCAAUAAUCAUGUCCUUUACAGCAAUCGCUCGGCGGCGUACGCGAAGUCUGGAAAAUAUCAGCUUGCGUUGGAAGAUGCGGAGAAGACUAUCAAUUUGAAGCCGGAUUGGGGAAAGGGUUACUCGCGCAAGGGUAGCGCCCUUGCCUAUCUGGGCAAGUACGACGAAGCCAUCAAGGCUUACGAGAAAGGUUUACAGUUUGAUCCCAACAAUGAGCAACUCAAGAGCAGUCUCGCCGAAGUGAGAGCGCAGAAAACAGCCGCCGAAGCCAAUCCUUUCAAUGCGCCCGAUGUUUUUGUGAAGCUAGCAAACGAUCCCAGAACGAAAAAGUUUCUGUACGAUCGUGAUUAUCUAAGGACAUUGCAAGAAUUACAAAACAAUCCACAGAGUCUUGGUACUAAGCUCCAAGACAGCAGAGUGCUCACCACUCUUAGUGUACUUUUAGGCAUGGGCUCUGAUAUGGGGGAACCGAUGGAAACCGAGCCGAUGAAUCCGCCGGAACCACCAAAACCUAAACCGGAACCCAAGCCCGAGAAGAAGGAGGAGGACAAUCUUCCACCUGAGAAGAGACAAGCUUUAGAGGAAAAGAAAUUGGGUAACGAGGCUUACAAGAAGAAAAGUUUCGAGGAGGCUCUAGAACAUUACAAUAAAGCUGUAGAGUUAGACCCGACAGAGAUUAUUUAUCUGUUGAAUAUAGCGGCAGUGUACUUUGAACAGAAAGAAUAUGAGAAAUGUAUCGCUCAAUGUGAGAAAGCUAUCGAAGUCGGUAGGGAAAAUAGAGCGGAUUUCAAAUUAAUAGCUAAAGCGUUCACAAGAAUCGGUCACGCUUACAAAAAAAUGGAAAAUUGGAAGCAGGCCAAAGUAUAUUAUGAAAAGUCCAUGUCCGAACAUAGAACUCCGGAAAUUAAAACCUUACUAUCAGAUAUAGAUAAAAUAAUCAAGGAGGAGGAGAGAAAGGCUUAUAUCGAUCCAGUCAAAGCGGAGGAAGAGAAGGAACUUGGUAAUCAAAAGUACAAAGACGGUGACUAUCCUGCAGCCAUAAAGCAUUAUUCCGAGGCGAUCCGAAGGAAUCCGGACGAUCCCAAGUAUUAUAGUAACAGAGCGGCUUGUUAUACCAAAUUAGCGGCAUUCGAUCUUGGCUUGAAGGAUUGCGAGAAGGUCGUUGAGUUGGACCCGAAAUUCAUCAAGGGUUGGAUUAGAAAAGGAAAAAUUCUGCAGGCCAUGCAACAGCCGGGAAAAGCUCUGACGGCAUAUCAAAAGGCUUUGGAAUUAGAUCCACAAAACAACGAAGCGUUGGAUGGCUAUCGCUCUUGCGCUAUGUCCACUAGUUCUAAUCCAGAAGAAGUCAGAAAAAGAGCAAUGGCGGAUCCGGAAGUUCAAAGUAUAUUGCGAGAUCCGGCUAUGAGGUUGAUCCUAGAACAAAUGCAAAGCGAUCCAAGAGCUUUACAGGAUCACUUGAAGAACCCCGAUAUAGCUGCAAAGUUACAAAAACUUUUGGAAUCUGGUCUUAUAGCUAUUCAUUGAAAUGUAAGAAUUUGAAUUGGAUAUAUACAUAAUUGUAAUAAAAAAUAAAUAAAUAACACUUUA